GCGCUGAUUGGCCACGCAGGCCGCUCGCGAUGAUGAUGCGGACGCAUCUCACCAGAGUGGUGUGAGUCGGGGGGUUUUCAGCCGGCUUGUUUCUCUCAUUCGUGCAGCGAUCGGUGUUGGGAUUUGACGCGUGCAGCGUAAAAGCCCGUCGUGCGGCCUCCCAACUUCCUUGGUUUCAUUCCCGCGGCUACACCCUCCCAAGGGCCGAGUCCCCGACGUAAGCAAGAAUGUCGGCCAAAGCAAUCAGCGAGGCUACGGGCAAGCGCCUCCUCAACGAGCACCUGGCCGAGGGGUUGGCCGCACCCUGCCUCUUCGCCCAGGUGACUCCGGACACCCACUGGCAGACCCUGCAGCAAGCACACCCCUGGCUGGCCACACAUCAGAAGCUGGUGGCUAAGCCCGACCAGCUGAUCAAGCGCCGGGGGAAGCUGGGGCUGAUCCACGUCAACGCAGACCUGGACAGCGUACACAACUGGGUCAAACACCGGAUGGGCAAGGAGACUGAGGUGGGACGCGCCAAAGGUCGCCUGAGGAACUUCAUUAUCGAGCCUUUCCUCAAGCAUUCUCAGGAAGAAGAGGUUUACCUAUGUAUCUACUCGCAUCGCCACGGCGACACCAUCCUCUUCCACCACGAAGGUGGCAUUGACAUUGGCGACGUGGACGCCAAGGCUCUGAAGCUGGAGGUACCCAUUGACACCCAGCCCAGCGAGGAGCAGGUGACCAAAACCCUGCUCGGUCACCUUCCUGUCGAAAAGCAGAGGUUGGUUGCUGCCUUCAUCUGUGGCCUGUACAACGUUUAUGUAGAUCUUUACUUCACCUACCUCGAGAUCAAUCCUCUGGUGCUGACCGGCGGACAGGUCCACAUUCUGGACCUGGCGGCCAAGCUCGACGCCACCGCAGAGUUUGUCUGCAAGCAGAAGUGGGGGGACGUCACUUUUCCACCACCCUUCGGCAGAGACGCCACCCCAGAGGAGGCCUACAUAGCUGAUCUGGACUCCAAGAGCGGUGCCUCCCUCAAACUGACGGUGCUUAACGCUCGUGGCCGCAUCUGGACCAUGGUGGCGGGAGGAGGGGCCUCGGUCAUCUACAGCGACACGGUGUGCGACCUUGGGGGGGCAACGGAGUUGGCCAACUAUGGAGAAUACUCUGGGGCCCCGACGGAGCAGCAGACGUACGAGUACGCCAAGACCAUCUUGGGACUCAUGACGGAGUCGGAAAAGCGCAAGGAGGGUAAAGUGCUCAUCAUCGGUGGUGGGAUUGCAAACUUCACCAACGUUGCUGCCACUUUCAAGGGCAUAGUGAAGGCCCUGCAGGAGUUCCGUGAGCGGCUGGUGGAGCAUGGGGUAUCUGUGUAUGUGCGGAGGGCAGGCCCCAACUACCAGGAGGGACUCAGGGUCAUGAAGGAAGUGGGACGCACCCUGGGAGUCCCCGUGCACGUGUUUGGCCCCGAGACGCACAUGACGGCCAUCGUGGCCAUGGCCAUGGGGCGCAGGGAUGUCCCCGACAUGCCGGAACCAAACGUCACUACGGCCAACUUUCUCCUGCCCGGAGGCAUGAAGACGCCGCCUCCGCCAUCCAGCCCCACCAAGGACAUCAGGAGGCCUUUCAGUCAAAACGCAGAGCAGGCUGCUCAGCCCUGGUUCACCCCGAAGACGAAGGCGAUCAUCUGGGGCAUGCAGACGCGGGCAGUGCAGAGCAUGCUGGACUUUGACUUUGUAUGCUCGCGCAAGGAGGGCUCUGUGGUGGCCAUGGUCUACCCCUUUACCGGGGACCACAAGCAGAAGUUCUACUGGGGACACAAGGAGGUCCUCAUUCCAGUGUACAAAAACAUGGCUGAUGCCAUGAAGAGGCACGCUGAUGCAGAUGUGCUCAUCAACUUUGCCUCCCUUCGCUCUGCAUAUGAGAGCACCUUUGAGACACUCCAGUAUCCUCAGAUCCGCAGCAUCGCCAUCAUUGCAGAGGGCAUUCCUGAGAACAUGACUCGCAAGAUGAUCAAGGCAGCCCACAGCAAAGGGGUCAACAUCAUUGGCCCAGCGACUGUGGGAGGCAUCAAGCCCGGGUGCUUCAAGAUCGGCAACACCGGUGGCAUGAUGGACAACAUUCUCGCCUCCAAGUUGUACCGGCCCGGAAACGUGGCCUAUGUGUCCCGAUCUGGCGGCAUGUCCAACGAGCUGAACAACAUCAUCUCGAGGUCCACCAACGGUGUUUACGAGGGAGUAGCCAUUGGUGGAGACAGGUACCCGGGCACCACCUUCAUGGACCACCUGACGAGGUAUGAGCAGGACCCCCAGGUGAAGAUGCUGGUGCUGCUGGGAGAGGUUGGGGGUGUGGAGGAGUACGAGGUGUGCGAGGCCCUGAAAAGCGGGGUCCUGAGCAAGCCCCUGGUGGCGUGGUGCAUCGGCACGUGCGCCAGCAUGUUCGCGUCUGAGGUCCAGUUCGGGCAUGCCGGGGCGUGUGCCAACUCGAACCGGGAGACGGCCAGUGCCAAGAACGAGGCCCUCGCCAAGGCCGGGGCCCACGUGCCUCCCACCUUCGACGCCCUCGGGGACACCAUCAAGAAAGUGUACGAUGGCUUGGUCGGGGCUGGUGUGAUUGUGCCCAUGCCAGAGGUACCCCCUCCCACUGUACCCAUGGACUAUAACUGGGCCAGGGAGCUGGGCCUGAUCCGCAAGCCAGCCUCGUUCAUGACGAGCAUCUGCGACGAACGGGGCCAAGAGCUGCUCUAUGCGGGCAUCCCAAUCACAACGGUCAUCGAGAAGGACCUGGGCAUUGGCGGGGUGCUGAGCCUGCUGUGGUUCCAGCGGCGGCUGCCCCAAUACGCCUGCAAGUUCCUCGAGAUGGUGCUCAUGGUGACGGCGGACCACGGGCCGGCCGUGUCGGGGGCACACAACACCAUCGUGUGCGCCCGGGCGGGCAAGGACCUCAUCUCCUCCCUCGUGUCGGGACUGCUCACCAUCGGCGACCGGUUUGGCGGUGCCCUUGACGCAGCAGCGAAGCAGUUCAGCGAGGCCUACGACAGCCGGCAGAUCCCCAUGGAGUUUGUCAACGUCAUGCGCAAGAAGGGUGUCCUCAUCAUGGGCAUCGGACACAGAGUCAAGUCGAUCAAUAACCCAGACAUGCGGGUGAAGAUUCUGAAGGAGUUUGUCAAGCGGCACUUCCCGUCGACGCCCGUUCUCGACUACGCCCUGGAGGUGGAAAAGAUCACCACAUCCAAGAAGCCGAACCUGAUUCUCAAUGUGGACGGCCUGAUUGGAGUGGCGGUGGUGGACCUGCUGCGCUGCGUCGGCUGCUUCACCCCGGAAGAGGCUCAGGAGUACAUCGAGAUGGGGGCCCUCAACGGCCUCUUUGUGCUCGGACGCACCAUCGGAUUCAUUGGUCACUACCUCGACCAGAAGCGCCUGAAGCAGGGCCUCUACCGCCACCCCUGGGACGACAUUUCGUACGUCCUGCCCGAGACUGACUGCCAGUGAGGGCCGGCGUUCGUCCGUCCUUGCCAGCGUUGUUACUGUUGUACACUACCCCCCCCCCCCCCCCCUACACUCAGUGUUGUCUAGCCACGGCGGCCCCUCCGCGUCGAUUUCAGCCCUCGCCCACUGUUGCCAGCUGCGCUGGGGGGUCAGGGAGAGGACCGCGAGUGCAGCUCACAUUCUCAUCAGGAGCCGUGGCAAAAUACUUAGCCCCCGUUUCUUUUUUUUACCAUUUUGAUUUUUUUUAACCAGCGUCGCUCUGGCUUGCCACUGUCGAAAGUCCACCAGAAAAGGAAUACGUGGGCCGAAGAUGGCAGCAUUUAAGGCCGACCGGGUUGCGGGGAUUCUGGCCAAACUGCCGCGGUCCGUUUUUGGCACGCACCGCAUGAUGCCCUGCAUGACUGGCCGGCCUCAAUAAAGGUCGGAGUAAAAAAAAUGAUGCAUGGAAAAUAAAGAUUACUUUUUUAUUUA